GACAGUGUCCCUCCCUCUUUCUCUCUCCACCUCCUCCUUCUCUCAUCAGGCUUUUCACCGGCACAACACCGACACACUCCCUUUCUCCCUGUAACCGGGCAAUAAUCACGGAGCGGCGACAGGAACAGGAUUGACCUCCCCCGGUGCGCACCAUCCAUGGUCCUCCCGUGGAUGUCUGUCUGACAGGAGGGUUGGUGUUACUUUGCUGAAGAGAUAGAGGAAGGCCCGGAGUCGGAGUUGAAGAGAGCAAGAUAGUAGUUCUCCCAGACAGCAGGGGGCGGCAGCAGGCAUGCACGACUCAGCCUCGGACAGCAAGAUGGCCAAACAGGAACAGAACUCCAAGCAUCUGGAUGAACACACAGAAACAGACGACAUGUCAGAGAAGACGUCCCCAAACAAGAACCUUAAAUCUCCGCAGAAAGGCUCCAAACGACUUAAAACCACCCCGUUCAAAAUCACCCUGCUGGACUCCGCCGAGUUCGAAGGAGAAAUUGAGAAACACUCCAAAGGACAGACCCUGGUGGGCAUGGUGUGUGAGCACCUCAACUUGUUGGAGAAGGAUUACUUUGGGCUGACCUUUGCCGACACAGACACCCAGAAGAACUGGUUGGACCCCUCCAAGGAGAUCAAGAAGCAGAUGCGCAAUGCUCCAUGGCACUUUGCCUUCUCUGUCAAGUUCUACCCUCCAGACCCCUCCCAGCUAACUGAGGAUAUUACCAGAUACUACCUGUGUCUGCAGCUGAGGGAUGACAUGCUGUCAGGUCGACUGCCAUGCUCGUUUGUUACUCACGCCCUCCUGGGUUCCUACACCGUUCAAGCAGAGCUGGGCGACUACGACCAGGACGACCAUGGCUCCGACUACAUCAGCGAUUUCCGCUUCGCCCCAAAUCAGACUCGCGAGCUGGAGGAGAGGGUGAUGGAACUCCAUCGAAACUACAAGGGGAUGACUCCAGCAGAGGCUGAAAUUAACUUCUUGGAGAAUGCAAAGAAACUUUCCAUGUACGGGGUGGACCUCCAUCAUGCUAAGGAUUCUGAAGGGAUUGACAUAAUGUUGGGAGUCUGUGCCAACGGCCUGCUGAUUUACCGUGAUAGGCUGAGGAUCAACCGCUUUGCCUGGCCAAAGAUCCUUAAGAUCUCCUAUAAGCGGAGCAACUUCUACAUAAAAAUACGACCUGGAGAGUAUGAGCAGUUUGAAAGUACAAUUGGUUUUAAGCUUCCUAACCACAGAGCGGCCAAGAGGUUGUGGAAGGUCUGCAUUGAGCAUCACACCUUCUUCAGGCUGGUUUCUCCAGAGCCGCCUCCCAAGGGCUUCUUGGUGAUGGGUUCAAAGUUUCGAUACAGUGGAAGGACACAGGCUCAAACCAGACAGGCCAGCGCUCUUAUAGACCGACCUGCUCCACACUUUGAGCGUUCCACCAGCAAGAGGUACCUGCUGUCCAGGAGCUUGGACGGAGCAGAGUUCUCACGGCCAAUUUCAACCACGUGUGAGAACCAUGACGGACUAACCCACCGCAGCGUCAGUGAACAGCGUCACCUCCACAGCCCGUCUGUGUACGAGCAGGAGACCGAGCUGGAGCCCAGUUUAGAGCAGGACGAGGAAGACAAGGACCAAGAGCGGAGCGAGGAGACGGAGCAAGAAUACGACGGCGAUGUCACUCCAAGCAGAAAGAAAGAAAUCCUGGAGGAGGCUGGGUCACCAGUUGACAGUAAACAGGAGUUGGACCAGGAGGCCACUCCUCGGCACAAACAGGAGUUUCUGGAUAAGUCGAAGGACGUCUUGCUGAAGCACCAGGCCAGCAUCAACGAGCUGAAGAGAACCCUGAAGGAGCCGAACAGCAAGCUGUCGUACCGUGAGAAACUGUCAUCCACCUCUCCAACUGGCACACCAGAGAAGAAGGCUUUGGUGGGCCGAGCAGUGGGAAAGGACCCUGAUAACAGCCAGUCUGUUGAGGGUUUCUUCCAGAAGACUGUGGUGACUUCACCUGAGGGCUCAGAGGAAUGGGUACUGAUUGAAAAACAAGAAACUUAUCAACAGGACCAUGACUGGAAAGCAGAAGAAAAGAACAAAUCUCUUGCAUCUGAUUCCUCUUGGGAGAAAAAGGAGCUGGAAAAAGAAAUAGACGUUACCAGGAUGAUACAAACAGAGGUAACGGGGUAUGGCCGAAAAGAAAUGAAAAGCCAUAUUGAUGAAUUUUCAUCAACACAAUCAUCCAGAGAGGCAGACGAAUGCUGUGAGCCACAGCCGGCUAGCAAAAGCCGCUUUGUGAUUCAAUUAUCUGAGAAUGCAGACUUGUUUCAAGACACAUCUCAAAGUAAACCAUCUCAAGCCUCAGACCCUGAGGCAGAAAAUGAUGUGGCCCCGGGCUCAUUUCAGAUAAAAGAACGCAAAGCUUCUAAAUCAAGGAAAAAGAGGAGACCCAAGAGCUUAAACCUGGGAAUGCCUGCUGAGCUCAUGUACAGGAAAGAAAGCAGUGAUUCUACUGAAGAUGAAAAUGAGCAAUCAGACAACAGUCCUGAAAAAACCUCUAAAGCAGGAAAUGAAUCAUCCCCGGUGAAGAUGAUCAAAGAUGAUCAGACAUCAGGAAAGGAUCAGUCUGUCAGGGUCUAUAAAGACCACCAACAAGAGGCUGUAUCCAAAGGUGAAAGCAGGGAGGUAUCCACUGAAGAAACAGAGCAGGUAAAGAGAAAAGUGAGCCAGUUUGGGCCAGAUGAUAUUGAUUCAGGUUUGAUAAACGGACCCGGAAAGGUAGAACAUGAUAGUUCGUUAUCAGGUGUGAAAGGGGAGUGUGUGAUGAAGGUGCGAGGGAAGGGCCUUAUUGACAACAAAGAGCUAGCUGAGGUAAAACUGCGACAGGUUCGGACGCAUGAGAGAAAGAUCAGUAGUUCUGGGGGAGAGGAUAUUGAGGGUGUCAUGGGAGACAGAGGUCAGAGGACGUCUGUUCUGAGAUUGUCAGACAGCAGCUACCAGUCGGAAAUCUCCAGGAUUGUUCCUCUCAAGCCAGAGCGGUCAAAAAGCAUAGCGUGUAAGGAUGAAAGGGACAGGACAGGACAGGACGAGCCCACACGGGUCAUCAGAAGAGAAUAUCGCUGGUCAGUCGGCUCUCCAGAGGGAUCCUCGGACCUCGCCUGGACUGACCCAGCCGCCUUCCAUCCGAUAUUCGCCACAGAUCUGGAGGGUAUCGCUAAAACAGAACAUCCUGAUGAUAGCUAUCAGUCUGGUAGAGGACCUACAGAGAGUCAGUCUUUUGGCUCUAAGAUGUCAGUGCUUCCCAAAAUGGCUCCUCCCGCCCCGCCAGUGAAAACACAGAAGGCCAGAGAGUCUGGACUAAUACUGAGGAACAGCCGUAAUGCCGGCAGGGAGCCGAGCCUGGACGCAGCCAAGAAGAGACACUCGGAGCCUGUCUCCACUCCUGCCAUUUAUGAAGAGCCGUUUGCUGAUUUCAAGAAGGAGCUCGGGGACAGGAGGCCUCAGCCGAGCAUAGCCUCGGAGGAGGAGCAGGAGCGGGACACGCUGGCCUGCAUGAGGGAAAGCCACCUGGGCAUCGAGCGCAAGUGCUCCAGCAUGACGGUCAGCUCCACGUCCAGCCUGGAGGCUGAGGUUGACUUCACGGUCAUCAUGGACCUCCACUCCGGCGUGGAGGACUUCUCUAAGGGCAUGUCGGAGCUGGGAGAGAGGGAGCGACAGCCCGAGGUGGGCCAGGAGGAUUUUGAGGAGACGUCCAGGUUCUACUCUGCCCGUCUAAUGGGCUCCCGGGACAAGUCUCCCAUAGAGGAGAAGCUUCCUGAGGAGGGAAGACAUCAUGAGCCUCCUGUGGCAAAGAAAGAUGCCAGUGCUGUGAGCGUGGCCCAUAUGCUGAAGAGGGGUGACACCAAGACGGAGACGCAUACAAAUGGAUCGGAGGUCCACUCCAACAUCAUGAAUGUCUCACCGCAGAACUAUGGAGUUAUCAGCCCGCUGGAGGCUCCUGCUGCCCUUAAAGAAAAUGGCUCCCCUGUUAAAGCUGUAACCCAGGGGAGGGAGUCGGUUGUGUCCCCGCUGACCGUCACCGCUGAGAGCGUCACCUCAGCAACCACAACUCAAGUUACCAAGACUGUGAAAGGAGGCUACUCAGAGACCAGAAUCGAGAAAAGGAUUAUAAUCACAGGAGAUGAUGAUGUGGACCAACAUCAGGCCCUCGCCAUGGCCAUCCAAGAGGCCAAGCAGCAGCACCCCGACAUGCAGGUGACAAAAGCAGUGGUUAUCAGGGAAACCGAGUCUCCCACCGAGGAGCUGCUGCAGCAGCAGGCAGAGUCCUGAUCGGCCAUGGUGGCUCCUGAGAGGGGGGGGGCUGUGUGUCUCCUGGCUUUGCACUGCAGUACGCCGCCACCCAGAUAUGAGGACUCUCUACCCUGCCUGUGUAAACACCUACAUGAGUACAGACUGCGUUCCAUUAAGCAGUAGACCUCCACUCUUGUCCCUUUAGACGAACCAACUGUGACUCGGCGCCCGACCCAUCCCAGCCUGCCGCCUGUCCCGGCCCAUCCCGGAGUGAUGCAAGAUUGAAAGUGAAACCUAGUCAAAGCUAAUUGAAUUCACCUCUGUAAGAGUCAUUUGUCAAAAACCUUAUUUGGGUAUUAUUUAAUCUAAUACAUGUUGACUCCUUUGAACCCUGUGGGUCAUUUGAAUCAAUACAGUUUCAACCCCAAACAAAAUGUCUCUCCCCCUCCCAGUCCCCCCCCAGCCCCAAUACCCUUCCCUCAGAAAUUACUACUUUCACUUGGAAGGUCCCAAACAUCUGUUGAAUAAGUUAUGAAUAAGAUAUGAUAGCAGUGGAGGGUUCAGUGAAAGGAUGAGGACAAUGGUGGUGGGGGUGGUGGUGGUGGUGGUGGUGAGAUGGGUGGGGGGGUGGCUGGGAGGUUGGUGGCGAGAGGCAAGAGGCAGCCUUUUUUGCUCGAUGUUACCACCUCCCGGUUGUGACACCUCCAGUAUAAUCAACAGCUGUCUUAUUAGCUUUUUACAUUUUUAUCUAUAGAGGAUCUAAUUUAUGUCCAGUGUUUGCUUGUUUAUCAAAUAUGUAUAAUAUCAGAUGAUUAUAAUCUGCAUGAUUCAAUAAAAAAACAGCAGAGAGAAUGACAAAUAAUAAUACACUGACAUGUCCACAUUUGAGAUCCAGAAGAAUAUCUGAGAUGAUGAGACUGAGCAGCUGCAGAGAAACUGUAAAAAAAAAAAAAAAAAUCACUUGUCCAACGAGAAAUGGAUACAUGGUGAUGUUGAUGGAGUCCACUGAAGACGGACAGUUGUGUAACACUUCAAUGGACAGCUGGAGCUCUGCUUGGGUACCAGUCUCCAACCUACAAAUACUACUGUCCUCGUCCCAGUCACUGUUACCGUUUUCAUUUUUUAGUCAACUCAACGUCUGCAUAAAGUUACAUGUUUUGGCCACAGUUUUAGGAUUUUUAGAAAUAUUUUAAUAUAAGUAAUGUUUUAUCUAAUAAGUUUAAAAAAUUUGCUGAUAUGUUUUUAUUUGAUUUGUACUCUGAAACUGAGUUUGUGUGUUAUGCUUGUGUUUUUGGACAUUUCCGUCUUCAUGUGUGAACAUGCUUCAUAAAUUUCGUCCUCUCACUUUGCUCAACACUGUGUUUCACUGGAGAUCUUACAAGGAUAAUGAGAGAGAUCGCACCCAAAGCUAGAAAGUAGAUUGCAAACAUUGUGAAGUUGGGAUGCCAUGACAAAAAAGUGCAGUAAACUGGGGGACAGGCCUUUGUUUUGGUUUGUUUGUGCCUGUAAUAUCACGCUUAAAAAAGCUACUUUAAAAAGUGAUUUGGAAAAAUGAAACAAAAUAGAUUUUGAAUCAUAUGUACAUGUUCACAAACACUGCCUGAAAUGUUUAAAACCACAAGAUAGACACGGAUAAAUUUUCUGUUUUCUGUUGGAUUAACUCUUUUAAGUUAUGGUGUAUGAGUUUGUAAUUGUAUUUAUAGGAGUGGUGAAUGUGAGGCUUGUGAUUUUCCUCCCUGAUUUCCCUGUCAGACAAAGCCGAGACUAAUUGUGUGACAUACAUGAAGCGCCGUCUAUCCACACAACCCCAUUGGCUGUCACAUAACAUGUAUCCUGGAUGACCUUUAAUAAUAUAUUACUAUGCAUCACUUAUCAUACAUGCGUAAGAAUCCCUCUGAUGGAGCCUAACCCAUGUUAGCCGUGUUGCCAUCAUUGUUAACUUCGUGCUACUGUUAACCGAAGCAGUGAAGCGCAUUCCUCGUGAGAUUUGCAAUAAGCAGCCAUCAUUCCUAUCUUCUCUCCUCUGAAGAGAGAAAACUGUGAACUCUCAUGUGUACCAAAACGUAACCAAAACCUAUAACAUUGAUUAAGUGAUACUCAAAGGAGCUUUUCCAACACUUGUGACCAUGGCUUUGUCACCCUCAUCGGCUAAUCCUCCCAUCCCCUGACUUUAAAACUGUCUACUUGCUGUUGAUGUGUCUGAGGAAAUGGUAUUCCCAAACUGGUUAUUUGUAUAUUCUAUUUUGCUCUGUUUUUAUUUCCUCUGGUCGUAUGACACUGGACUGUUGUGAAGUUAUUUGCUUGCAACGAUAGCAGCACACAAACUCUUAGGGAAAAUGUCUUUGCUGUAGUAUUAGACACACUACUGAUGGAGGAGAAACGACUAGGCAUCAGGAGACACAUGUACGGUGGGAAUGGUGGUGUGUUGAAGGAUGGACCUGUAUUUAUAUAUAAAUACAUUAUAUAUUAUAUACUUCUGCAUAUUGUCCUGUAAACUAUGUAGAAAUUGACAGGAGCAGUGAUGUGUUUUAAGUUCAAGACAUGAGGCAGUAAGUGUAACCCGAAGGACAGGAGUGCACAUGAAGUGUCACAUGACUGGGUGCCUUAUGUUUGGAGUUGCUGUUGUGGGAGCAGGAGCACAGUUAUCAGCUGAAAGUGCCGGUACUCACCACGAGGCAGGUGCAGAAAAAACCUUUCCUCUCAGUUCAAGGUGAAGUGGAGAGUUCUUGAAAAUGAAUUACUGCCUUGUAAAGAAUGUUACUUGGGUGUAGCGAUGAAGAAGUCUCCCUGAAUCUGGACUAUUACGUCCUUGAGCAAGAUGAAAACAUUCAUGGGCCCCGUUUGCUUUUUAUUUUUAUUUUUUAUUUUUUGAAAAGCACAUCAAACUGCUUCACUGUUCAGUCUUCACCUUCAAUUUUCCACUGCCUUUUGCUCUACAUUCCUCUAGUGCUUGGUGGUGUGUAUUUGCUGUAUUUGCAUUCAGUCUAAAUGGAAAACAUACACGCAUAAAUAAAUGUCUCAGUAUGAUUCAAA